AUGGAUGCAACCAUCCCUCCGGAAGUGUACGGCGACGACAAGAGAACAACGGUCGUUGGGUCUGUGGUUUUCUGCAUUCUUUUCACGACUGUGAUGGUUGGCUUGAGAAUAUACACGAGAACGAAAAUCAUUCGUUCGUACGGCGUUGACGAUUAUCUGGCCGUCGCUGCCCUUCUGGCCACGACGGGCUGUGGUAUCGCCAUAGCCCUAAUGACGACACACGGCCUUGGAAGGCACAUUGUCCUUCUUACUCCAGCAGACAUCACGGAGUACAUGAAAUCAUUUUACACAUCGAUAGUGUUUUACAACAUUGCCCUCCUUUGCAUCAAACUAUCCUUCCUCUGCCAGUUUUACCGAGUAAUGGCGGUGCCAAGAAUGCGCAGGGUCUACGCCAUCGCCCUGCUCAUUGUGGGCGCCUGGUCGACCUCCCAACUGUUCAUAUCCGCACUUCAAUGUAUACCGGUAUCCGGAUUCUGGGACAAGGGGGUGAAAGCGAAGUGUAUUCCGAACCAGCCUCAAUGGUACAUCAACGCCGCAGGCAACAUCAUCACCGAUGUCGCCGUUUUCGCAUUACCGAUGCCCAUAUUCUGGCACCUCAGCCUGCCGCGGAAGCAAAAGAUACUCCUCAUAGGCAUAUUCAGCCUGGGAUUCUUCACCGUCGCCAUAUCAAUAGUGCGUAUACGGUUUUUGAACAUACCCGCCGACUUCACCUGGGCCAACGUCGAUGCCUCCCUUUGGUCCAUCGGCGAAAUCUCGUCGGCCGUGACAUGCGCCUGUCUGCCGACUCUUCGGCCGCUCUUGACAAAGUUGUUCCCUGGGCUCAUGAGCAGGGUGAACCUCUCAUCUGCUCCCAGCCACCAGACCGAGACGCGACGAGGCCUGCCAACGCGGGCGUACUCAAGCCUUCCUAAGCCGAGGAAUUUAGAGAAGGGCACCGCCGACUGGGGAACAUCUGGCGUGAAGUCGAGCCAUCUCGGAGAUGACGAUGCGUCGAUUGCCUCUGAUCCACCAUAUCAGCACCACGCCAAUGAGUCGGGCGAGACCAUCUUCGGUUUGGCUAGCGUACGCGAGGAGACUGUCGCCCAUAUGAAGUCCAACUUUAGCCCCCUGAGUUCGCCGCCAAUGUGGAAUCUUUCAAGUUCCAGCCAGUCGUCUCAAGUCCGGAGAGAAGGGACACCAUUCUAA